AUGCCUUCCUUCUUUCACUCCGUUGCUAUCAAUGCCCUUCUGGCUGUUGCCAUACUGGGUGAGGUUGCCAGUGCCUAUCCUCAGCUUGCAGUCGCCGAUGUGAGCGUCCCCUCGGAGAGAUCCACCACACCGAUCAUGUUUUACGAGGAACGCGAUGGCAACAUCGUGAAGCGUUCCAAAACAUUGAAAAUCGGUGCAAAGCCCGAAAAGGCCCAUACCUGUCCCAAGACCAAUCGCUACGGAAACCCGGUUGAAUACUCGUCGGGGCAGCUUCAGAAGGCCUUCAUCCAGGCAGCACAGUAUGCCAACGAUGGUAAACAAAUCGGAGCCAGAAAAUACCCGCAUUAUUUUGGCAAUAAUGAGAAAUUGCCCUUUGACUGUGGAAAGAAGAAGAUGGAAUUUCCUCUUGAUAAGGACAGUCCUGGUAAUGUUUAUGGCGGGCAAGCUGUGACGGAUCUCCCAGACCGUAUUGUAUUCGAGGUCAAGGAAGAAAAGAAGGAAACGCGUGUCAGGUUCUGCGGAGUGAUGCGCCAUGGGAAUGAUGGAGACUUUCUCAAUUGCCCGUAGAGCUGAUCGAGGAAUCUAAAGAACAUUCCCGAAUUGGCCAUGAAACUUAGCGGGGUACGAAGAGAUACUUGUCUAUAGAUUAAGCCAAGCAAAGAGAUUCUAAUAUACUAUUGUUAGUUAGAUUGCUCUUCUCGUUGAAUUAGAUAGGGUUUGGACUACACAAACAGAAUGCGCUGGUCACAGUGACUGCUGACUCUGCUUCACACGCACUCAUCCUCAAACGCCCCUUUUCUCAUCUGGCUGACAACGACUGACUGUUAACCGCACUUAGGCGAUACACCGUGAGGGUAGUAGUAUUCGGAUGGCAGACCACCAACGAAUGCAUUCUGGUGUAUGUUUGAAUUUUAUCCGGAUGUUGCCCGAUUCUAGGUCUGAUCCUAGCACUUGUCUUUUGUCCGAUAUUUGAAUAACC